AUGGAAAUUGAACUUCCGAUUCCCGCAGCAGGCGAUCAUACUAUUCUGCACGUUGGUUUCAAUGUUGCAGACGAGGACAAGGACAAGGACAAGGACAAGGACAAGGACAAGGACAAGGACAAGGACAAGGAAAAUAAGCUGACAAAUACCUACUACGAGACAAAACAAGCCGUCGCCGGCAUAGUCUUUGGGCAUUGCGUGAUGUUGUUUUUAAAGUUGGCUUGCACAAGCUGCCGCCAAAAGAGACUUUGGCAUUCGCAACGAAUUUAG